CAAACUGAGAGCUUUAAGAACAACAGCUAGCAAGAGGAAGCAACAAGUCAUUAAGAAAUAAAAUGGCGAAUGUUGAGGCUAUCUUUGAGCAAGCUGAACUCAUAUCUGCGGAAGACCUUCAUCAACUAUUUGUUCAAAGCAAGCCGUUAACCAACAACAGUGGAAUGAGAAUUUUAAAAGAGGAUUCCUCCGGCUACAAAAGCUUGAUGAUGUAUGCAAGAAGCCUUUCAGUUACAUGGGGCAAUGACCCGAGAUACUGGAGGUGGCUUUCGUUAGAAAACGAUAUAGACGUGGAAGUUGCGCAACUAUUAGACGUAUGCUGGCUCGAAGUGAGAGGAAACACUCCAAUGAAGAACUUAGAAGCAGGGCAAAAGUACGAAGUGAUGUUUGUGUUGAUGUUUCUUGAUCCAUCAGGGUUAGAGCCCAAAGCAACAUUCCAACUUGUAGCGAAUGGUGAGACAUGGGAGAGGAAGCUGAGCCUUCAAAACCUUCAACCAAAGCAAUGGGUGAAGGUGAAGAUUGGCGAGUUUGUUGCUAAAGAAGAUGGUGGUGAUGUUAUCUUCUCCCUUACGAACUAUGAAGAACUCAAUUGGAAGAGAGGGCUCAUUGUUGAAGGUGUUCUUAUUGAACAGCGUGUUUGAGGGUAAAUGCUAAAUAUAUAGCCAAUUCAGCACUUUAUCCUUACGUAUGUGUGAAAAUAAAAGAGAGGAAGGUUAUUCCUUUCUAAGUUUGCAAGUGUGUGCUCGUAAUUUUCAGCGAAAAAAAUAACAUGUUAAUUUGUAGUGUGUUUAAAAGCAUUGUAAUGGGUCAGUAGAUUCUCAGAAUAAAGUUCAA